AUGACUGUUCAACAACAACAACAACCAUCACUUUAUUCAUCACUUCAUCAUCAAAAUUCUCAAGACCACCUUAAAGCGAAUUUAAAUAAUAAUGUAGAUAAAGAGGAUCUUUUUAAUCCCCUGUUUAAAACUCCAUCGUCAUCUUUAAUAUCAUCACAAUCGUUAUCUUCCUCUGCACCGUCCCUAUCAUCAUCAAUUUUAUCUUCCAUACUAAACGGUCAGUUGCCAAUUGAUGAACAAGAUACAUAUAAAUUAUUACAACAUUUAAAAUCAUCAUCAUCUGAAGAUAUCCACCAUCAAUCUUCAACAUUAUCUUCAUCUCCAACUAAUUUAAACACAAAUUCACCACCAUCACAAUCAUCACCAUCGUCAUCUUCUCAAUCAUCAUCACCGCCAUCAUCAACGACAACAGUAGCACCUUCAUUACCUUCUCCACCAAUUUCUUCUUCAUCCAGUUCAACUUCAUUUAAUUCGUUCAUAUCAUCCAUAUUUCCAACGCUUUGGGCUGCAAAUAACAAUUUUAAUUCACAUCAUUCACAAUAUAAAACUGAUGAUAAUUUAAAAUCAAGAAUAUUACCACCGAUUUAUAUUCAACCUGUCGUUGUACCAUAUCCAUUUAUCAUGAAUCCUAUGCAAAAUUUUAUAUCAGAUUAUACAUCUAGAUUUAUAAUGUCAGGUUAUUCAAACGAUCCAUCAUCAAUAUCAUUUUCAACACCAACAACAUCACCAACAAUGUCAUCAUUCGCAGAUGAUUAUGAAAAAGAUACAAUGGCAAGAGGCAACAUAAGACGCUCAGGAAUAAAUGCAUAUACAAAUUCACCUAUUUAUUAUGUUCGUUUACCAUCACCCACACCAAUUACUUUAUACCCAACGAUUAGUUAUGCCACAAAUACAGGAUCAAAUGUGCCAGGGAAUUCGCGACCUACCCGCACAUUUAGCUCCACUGCAUACCGGAAUCCAUUUGCUGUUCAAAUAAAUCCUCCACAACCAAUUCAAACUAUUGCAGCAUAUUCACCGCAACAAUUAUCAGCACAAUCAACAUCUAGUGUUAUUCCAAGCUUAAGUCCAAUUUUAAAUUUACCUAUAAGUUUUAUAUCCAAUGGUAAACCAAAUGGAAUUUACGAAUUAACAACAUCAGAUAACACUUUAAGUGGUAAUUCUGUGUCAUCGAUUCCAUCAGCAGGGGAUGCUCUUGGCAAUUCUAUUCAAUUUGGAUACCAUCCACAUAACAAUCAUCAUUCACAGCGUAUACCUACAAAUCAUUACUCUCAAUCAACAUCAUAUAAUCCGUUUAUUAAUAAUCAUCAAAGUGAUUCUUCAUCUGGUACAAAUUCAUUUUAUAGACCGUCAAUUAUUAGACCACAUUCUCAUCCACAUUAUCAACAUUUAAACGACAUCAUCGGUGAUCCUGAUAGUAAAAUAACAAAUUUAAAACGACAGUAUUUCUUUAAUGGCAAACCUGAAGAAAUAUAUGUACUUUCGCAACCAGCCUCAACUGAAAAUCAAUAUCAACUCCAACAUUCAAUUUAUCCAGCAUUCCAAACACAUCGUAAUGAUUAUUAUUAA